AUGUCUGAACAAAGAACUCGCGAAUUAUAUAUCGGAUAUAACGCUCUAAUCGACUACUUACAAACCUAUAAUAACAAGUCAUACCGCAGCUUUCUCGAACUGAAUCGUAAUACCAUAAUUUCCGCCAUAGUUUCUUCAACAACACGUCUCAACUGGAAUGAUCUCGAUAACGCCUGGUCAACAAUUUCUGCUCAGGUUCAAACACUAGCUUUCGGUAAAGGACUGUUGAUUCUGGGGAAAGGAAUCGACUAUGUAACAUUUGAGCGUUCAUGUAAAUGGUUAAUGCCAUAUUGGGAUGGUAUAAUCAAAGAUUAUAAAAGGGCUCAGCUAAAAAGUUUCGCGUAUAAAAUCAUUUACUACGAAACACCUGAACAAAUCCCAGAAGAGAAUCAAAAAUCAGACCUUUGUGGCAUCUGUCAUGAGGAAUUACUUCCGCAAUUAACAGAGGAUAUUGCCAUAUUAACGUGUGCCCACCUUUUUCACUGGAAGUGCCUUGGACACAUUUUUCUUAGACCGCGCUGCCCAAUUUGUUCAGAAGAAUACGGAUCUUCAAGAAAACGGGUCAUUGAUAAUGAAUACGAUAACCAUAAUAAUGAUCACGGAGAUAACCUUGAAGAACUUAGAUUUGAUCAGGAUAAUCCUGAAGUACAAACACUAGCUUCGGAUGAU